CAUACAAUCAGAAUGUGACAUUAUAUAAAAAGCAACUCUGUGAGGCGAUAUUUUUGUCGCUUUUCCUGUUUAGGUAUCUAGUGAAAUUGAUGAUCAAAGGCUUAAAGUAAUUAAGAGGCAGAUGUCAGUCAUCGCCAUCGGCGGCACACGAGUUCACACUUCGCAACGACCGCAGUACCAGCUACAUAGAACAUAAGCCCUGUCAGCUGAGCUGCCGUACCGCCGGGCGCCGGGCCGCGCGCUCCUCGCCCUCCGCCGCGCCCUCCCGUCGCGACGGGCCCCUCCGGCACUCCGUCCGUCCUCCGUCCGCCACCGCAGCCCCGCUAUCUUCGCGGCGACGCGAGGACGUGUCGAGUUAUGCCGAGCGGCGCAGUUAAAGCUUGUGUGUAUCUGUGAUCGCCCGUGUACGCAGCCGACAAACAGACCGUAUCUCUGUGCAGUGACAGUAUUGACAAAGAGUGUCAGUGGCUAAGUGUAUAGUGACUGUGGCUAUUGUUCGGGACAAGAAGGACUACGCCGGCGAUCUGCCGCAGCCGCAGCCUCCGCCGGGGGCAGUGACCGCAGGCGCGAUCUCGAGCCGCGGCGGCGCCGGCGCAGCAGCGUGCGGCAUGGAGUGCGGCGUGGCGGCUGCGGCGGGGGCGUAUCCCCCCGCGCACCCCGCACACCAGCCACACCCCGCGCUCUCGCCCACCGAACGCUCGCCCGCCAAGUCCGGCCUUCACGUCAACUUCAGCGAUAAGGGCGAGGUGAAGGAGCGCCGUGAGAAAUUCCUUACUGCCAAAUAUGGCAGCCACCAGAUGGCGCUAAUCCGCAAGAGGCUUGCCGUAGAAAUGUGGCUUUACGACGAGCUACAGAAACUCUACGAAAUUCCGAAAGAGAGCAGCGGCGGUGGAGGCGGCGGCGGCGGCGGAGGGGGUGGGAGCAACUCGCAAGAGGUGGAGGUCGACAUAGACGAGCUGCUCGACAUGGACAGCGACGAUCACCGUCGGCGGCACCUUACCACAUUAUUAGCGGAUGCCAAAAAACCACAAAAGGAUGUACAUAAAUUCAUCAACGAACUUUUAGACAAAGCGAAAACUCUGUAGAUUAAUAAAAGGAAUCUUCAUGCGGAACUUCUGCGAGCUGUGAAGCUGGACGCGACAGCCAUGGAGUCGCGGCUCCUCAUUAGUUGUAGGCAAUAUACAUAAGUGAUUAAUAGGUCGCGUGUGACCAUUGGUCGUGUGACGAAACCGAAUGAUAAUUGUUAGGUCUUUCUGUUCCUCACGGUACUCUGUGCGCACGCAAGUUGUGAUAUACGUAUGUAUGUCUGUUUUGCGAACAUGUCGAAUGAGCUGCUUGCUUGUAUUGGUGACCAAUAAAUGACGUGAUACUGCCGCGUUUAAGACUCGUUGAAAUCGGCUUCGAAGUACACUGUACGGAUAACAUAUUGAGCUUUCAAUGAGUUUCAUUAUCUGCUUGUAUUAUUUGUAUAAUUAGUCAGAUGUCAAUAUGUAGCUCACUUCGGGUUUUGUUUAUCCGAGGUUAGGUUAGAUUGGCAACUAAGACUUGAAGAUCGAAUAGCCAGGCCAAGAUGGACCUUCGAUCUUUGAACACAUACAUCUAGAUGUACCCGUAAUCGUAGUCCGAUCUCGAGGCCACGUCAUAUUUAAUAAAAUAGUGGUAAGUAUCUAAUUCGAGAAGUUCUAGUAAACGGUGCGCGCCGCAAUUAUUUAGCGACGCGAAUACGAUAGGCAAUUAAGAUUUUUAACUUUGCGAUGUAUUGGUAAUAGUUUCUAGUAUUAAUAUUGAUAUACAACGUGUAUAUAAGGACAGUGUUGACACGAACGAAAUUUAUAAUUGAGAAAGGUGAACCAUCACUUGUUCUUACUUCGCAAGGCAUUAUAUAGACUUAUGUGGUAAUAAAUAUACGUAUAUAGUAAAGUUUAAGUAGUAAAUUAAUGAUUAAUACCGAAAUAAAUAUAGGAACGCGCAAUAAACAUAUCAUGCCGACGUGAUGGAGUGCCGUAUAGGUCUUGUGUCGUGUGGUCGAGGCAGUGGAUGAAUAUAAAAAUGGCAUCCGAUUUCUUCGAGCUGCUGCAUUGGUUUAAUUUGUACCUACUCCACGUACAGUACAUAACUACGUAUUAGAUCUGUAGCCCGACUCCCAUAACCAUUUUUUUCACGCUCAUUCUCGAACGCUGUCCAUUGAAUUAUGUACUCAAAGACGCCGAUAAUUAUAAAGAAGUACGAUUGAAAUUCUAAUCGUGUUUUUUCGUUCUUAUUAGAUCCGAUUUAGUCCAUGUUCUAUUGAAACGCGUCCAGGUUAAUAUUAUACACCAUCUUUAGAUAGAACUUCAAUUGGACGUCUUCUCAACUUAAUAUUUUGUUUAUACGGGAAUCGGAUUAGUGACGGCAGUGUGUGUACACAAACUAAACCAGGGGGUCUACCAUAAAAUGAAAUUCCGAAUUUUCGGACUCCAUUUCGUGUUUUUGUUCAUACCGAAAUCGGCCCAGUAAAUGGAGCUUUUAUUUUUCGAUAAAAGUCAAAAGGAACAAUAUUUUAACAUUUUUAAACAGCAUGUAUUAUGUAAUUUUAACAUCUAAUUUGUAUUUCGUUCGGCCGCGAAAUUUCGGAAACAUUUCAUGGUAAACCCAUAGAUGCGUCUGUUGCAUAUUAAAUUGGUAAAAAUAAAAGGCCUCGUUCCAUGAUUUCGUGCUGGUUGGCUGGCACGCAGUUUGUUAGUUCUACUGUAACUUACAGUCUGUAAGUUACAUCUGUGUGUUAGACGUAAGGUUAACUUACAAUAAAUUGUUAAAUGGCUUGUAUAGUAGUUAAUCAACCGUAAUUGUAACGCUGUUUGAAUUAGGUACAUUUUUGGCGCGAAAUAAGCGUCGCAGCAGUGAUGUCGGCUGCGUUAUACUAUAUCUUGUAUCGGUUAUACUUGUAUAUUUUUGAUACGAGUACUUUUAAUUUUUUUAAUUGAUUAGAUAGUUUCGAAUAAACUCGAACAAAGUAAUUAUUCAGUGUACCAAGGUGAAUUAAUCGCAUUAUCUUUCUACUAAAAAAUAAGAUGUCAUUCUUUGGUCAAAAAUAAGGUUUUAUACUGCCGGGGUAUUGAACCUAAUUUCAAAAUAAUGAUUGUUACAAUAUAAGAAUAAACAUUAUGAUUAUGUUUAUAUGUUUACACAAAAGUUGGAUAAACGAUAAAUUUAAUAGUUAUUACUUCAUGUGACAUUUGACAAUUUGCCUAAAGUAAUGGCCGGUCGCAUUGCUAAGAAUAUAAAAAAAAAUCUACGUUUAAAUUUAAAUUUUUGAAUGUAGGUAUAUCAUAAUGUAAAUAGUCGUACAAUCACUGCUGUGCAAUUACCUAUUCAAUUGCUACUUAUAUAAUAUGUACCUAAUUAUUAUUACAGCCUAUGUCUUAUUAAAUUAGAUUACUGUGUAAGAAUGGCCAUUAACUUUUAAUAAACAAUUCGAGAUGGAACUCGACGAAUAUCUACCACUGUCGGCUGUUGAAGGCAUUUUUAUAAUAAACAAUUUUACUUAAAAA